CCAGUUCUUGGGGUUGUGAUAUACAAAUGCAAUGUAACCUUUCUCCCAACACACAGCUUAAUUCAUUGUUUAACCUGUACUACAGAAAAGUCAUAAAAAUAUAAGGCGUGAAUAUUCGGAGACUGGCACGCUUUCAAUGCUUAUGAUGAGCGUCAUUUUGUGUCAAACGCCCCUGACUGUCUAAUUGUAAUAUAAAAAGAGAGACAGCAGGCCAGACUGUUCUGACUGAUGAUGUAUAUGUUAUUUUGAAGUACCACUCCCCCACUCCAUUGGCAUUUAAAAACCAAUAACGAAAAGAAAAAAAAAGAAGAGAAAUGCCUUGACUUCUCUGCCUAUAAAAUGUUGUGAGCGUGAAUUAAUUACCACGAACAGCAAUGUAAACAAUCAGAAAAGAACUAUAUCUAAACCAAAUUGUGCCAUUUCAUUUUUCGAGAUACAUAAUAUUACAAAGAUAAUAUACUAUCCCUCUAAUUCUCAGUAGAAACAGACAAAGCGGGAUUGAUGCUAAACGUAUCAUUUCUUUUUCUUAUAAUUCGUACAAAAGAUCGUUUUCAUCAACAUGAUCUUUUUUCAGAUUACUUACUUUCUAGCGAGCCCCGGUCGGCAGAGUUGGCAGAGAUCAUACCGAGCAACAUUCAAAGGCGUGGGGCAAGAAGUCAAUUUCGAAGAACAAACAACGGUGCAGCUAGAGGAGAAGGCCGUGUCCGUCUUUAUACAAACGGACAAAGCAAUCUACAAAUUUGGCCAAAGGGUCCAAUUCAGAGUGCUCGUUACGACCAUGGAUCUGAAGCCUGUGACAAAGGAGCCUGUAGACAUCAUUAUUGAGGACCCAAAGCGAAACCGGAUCUGGCAGCGACUUGGAGUGACUGACCUCAAUGGUUACGGUGUUCUAGACGACCUGGCCCUACAGCUCGCCGACCGAGCUCUCAAAGGAAUGUGGACUAUCAAGGUCUCAGUUUUGGGUACAGAACAGACAAAAGAAUUUGAGGUGGACGAUUAUGUGUUGCCGAAGAUUGAAGUGGAGAUCCAGGCCCCUAAAUUCGGCGUCGAUUACCACUCUAUCCUGGAGAUCACAGUCAAGGCCAC